AUGUCAAAAGGUAGAAGAGUUAGAAAUAAAAAAGAUAAUAAAAGGAAACAUGAUACAGAGAAAAAUGAAAAGGAGAAAUGCGAUGAAAACAAUGAAAUUAAAAUAAUAACAAUAGCACAGUCUGUUGUAGAAGAAAAUUUUAAUAAUUUAUUUCGAACUGAUGAACUGAAUGAACUAAAGAAAAUUUUAAAUACACAAGAUUUGAGUGAAAUACCUUUAUUAAUUGGUGCAGUAGUUUUGGGAAAAUUUGAUUUAGUUAAGAAAUUAUUGAAAGACGGGCAUAAAAUCAAUGAUACUGAUUCUAAUUUCACCACACCUAUUGUAUGGGCGAUAAAAACUAAAAAUUUAGAAAUGACUGAUAUGUUAUUAGCACGCGGAGCUGAUGUAACAAUAGCGGAUAAGAAUGGAGACAAUGGAAUUUUGCUUGCCAUUGAUAGUGUUAUGUGGGAUGAACAGGCUUUCAUUAAUUUUUGGAAUGGCAUUAAAAAUAGACAUUUUGAUAUAAAUUAUGGGAAUAAAGCAGGCAAUACAAUUUUACACUUCGCUGUUAAGAGGCAAUGGCCGAAAUUGGUUGAAUUAUUAAUUGAUAGUAAGGUAAAUGUAAAUGCAAAGAAUACAAAAGGAGUAACAGCAUUAAUGAUGGCUGGUGCAAGAAAUAAUGCUUUGUUAAUCGAAAUACUUCUACGAGGACAAGCAAAUAUUGCACAUGAAGACGAUCGUGGAUGUACUGCAUUAUGUUACACAAUUGCUUAUAUUAUUCAGAAACGUAUUGACCCACCACAAUCGAAAGCGUUAGAAAAAUUGAUAUCAAUAAUAAACAAUAAUGAUACGGAUUUAACGCCCGAAGAGUAUUUACGACGUCGUGUUAAAUUAAUUUUAACACCAAUUGGCAAUGAAAAAUUUGCAUUUCCACAUGUUAUAUCGACAAUUAUUUUACCUGUAUUUACAUUUUUUAUUAGACAUACACAAAUUGGACUAGAAAUUCUUCUGUUGGAAUUGAAUAUAUUUUCAAAAUUACGUGAAGCACUAGAGAAACAUAUACAUUUUCCCGACUAUGUUAACGUAAUUUUAGCAUGUACAUUUGAAUUGGUGCGUUUUUGCCAAUGUUGUGUUGGGGCUGGUGGACUUGUAAAUAUAUCAGAAAAAAGUCUGAUGGACAUUUUUGUGACAAGUGGUGGUGCUGAUAUGUGUUUAUAUGUAUUGAAAAGAUUUCAAAAAGUUCCAAAUAAUGGAUUGAUUGUGGUUUCAGCUUUAAUGCCAAUCUUUAUGGCGUGUCUAUCAGAAGGAAAACCUCAAUUAUGGUUACAAAUGCAUUAUUUUACAAUUUUACCAUUUUAUCAACAGUUUUUGGAAAUGUGUGUUGUUUCGUUCAAUUUUAUUGCAGACGAUUAUCAUAUUAAACUUGUAAAACGUAAAGUAAGGGCGUUUCGAACAUUAAUGAUUAAACUACAGAACGAUGAAAACAUGUUAGAUAAAAAAUCCAUCCAAAAAUAUGAGCUAUCCAAACACUACAUCGAUGUAGUACCCGCGAGAAAAACAAAAAAUAAUUCAGAUGAAAUACGUAUACAAGAGCAUGAAGUGAAAGAAAUGACACCUGAAAAUGAUACCCAACGCAAACUAGUAACAUUGGAUGAAUUCCUUUCAAUUCAAGAUACUCAAAAAGCAAUUGAGUGUAAAUCAAAUAGUAAACGUAUGAAACGUAAAACGAAAGCAUGGAAAGCUAAAAUAGCAAAAAUUCGUAGUGCUGAUGUGGCAGAACGUGUUAUUUCAAAACCAGAUUUAAUGCAGAACAGUUUGAUUAUGGAUAUGAAAAAGUCUGAAGAUUUAUCUAAAAGUGAUCCACAAAAAACAAAUUUAAAAACUCAAAAUGCAGAUACUUCUUCUAAUUGGAACAAAAAAGGUAACGCAAGAAAAUAUGAGCCUGGGAGAGAUUUUGAAGAAGUUGUUAGCGAUGCCGAAAGUGAAGAGCGCCAAAUGAAUACAAAUAAUGUAGAUGUUAUUAUGAAUAAUAUUCAAGUAUUGUCGGAGUACAAUGUUUAUUUUAAUGAUGUCGAAACUACUGUUGCAUCAAAAAUUCAAUGUUUAACAUUUUUAUUUGAAGAUAUUGUAGCACGUUAUGAACGUAAUUGGCAAAUAGAUAGAGAACUUGGUUAUCCAGAUUAUCAACCUAGUCAAACAACGUCUGGUGAUAGCUCUGAGACAAUAAGGAAUCGUGAAGAACAAAUACAAAAUUUAAGUGAAAUAUUAUCACAACUAGAAGCUGUAUAUUUGGCUAGAUUACGAGAAAAAUUUAUAGAAGUUUUAACACGCAUCAAACAAUUAGCAUAUUAUCGUGAUAUACGAUGUCAAAAAUUAAUUGAACAAUUGCAGGUAAUAUUACUAAAUCAUGAAAUACGUGGCGAAACCUUAUUAAAAUGUGGCUUGGCAUCAAAAAAUUACAAUGAGAACGUUGAAAACAAUAAUUGGAAUAAAAAUUAUACGGAGAAUGUCAUCAAAGAUAAGUAUGCGAAACAAAUUAUGAACGCCCCAAAAGUACGUAAGGAGGAUGUUGAUGCAAUCAAACAAAAAACUGAAGAAUUCGCGUAUCAUUUAAUCGAUUCAGUUGAACGAUUAUUAGAAGAUUCAAGUACAUCAGUUAGUAGCAAGGAUGAUGCAUCUGAAUGUGAACAACCAUUUGAUGAACUGUUCCCUUAUUCGGCGGAAUCUUUAAAAGAUGAUCCACGCCAGACGAAUAGUAAACAUAACAAGCAAUAUAAUGAAGAAACUAUCAAUAACAUGGAACAAUCCAAAUUGAAAAGUCAUGAUGUUUGUGCUAACAGUUUUUUUAAUAUUUUAUCAAAUAGUAAAGCAAGACGAUCUAAAUCAACAGAAGAAACUAGUGAUACUUUUCCUAAUAAUAAUAAUAAUAAUAACACUAACAAUAAUAAUGUUACUACAGCAGUUGUGAAUUAUAAUAAAUACCAAACACCAGGCAUACCAUCCCAAACAAGUAACAUAUUUUGGAAGAAAUCGCAAAUGCCGAUUCCAAUACCUGGCCAGCAAUCUUAUAUAAGUCGAUGGGAUGUAUCAAUAACAAAUCUUCGUAAUUACAAAAAUUUAAGUAUACUUGCAUGCGGUGAAUUAAGAACCAGUCCAAAGAAUGCCCGAUUACAUUUCAUGGUAUCAUCGGGUGGUAAUUUCGGGGAUGUUGAAUUAGGUUUGGAUAUACAUUGCCGUGCAUUAGCUGUAAAACGUAUACCCAAACAAAAUAAUGUUGUAUGUAAAAUUUUAAAAACUGCAAUGAACCCAUUGUUGGGUUUACGUCACAAACAUUUGUUGCAUUAUGCCGUUUGCGAUUACGAUGAAACACAAUUGUUGAUUGCGUCACCAUUAUGUGAAUAUAAUAUGGGUGAAUAUUUAAUGUGCUUAAAAUUGAAUCAUAGUCUUGUGAAUACAGCAACGAGUUUAGCACGACAAAUGUUAAUCGGUUUACGAUAUUUACAUGAACGCACUUUACCAAUUGUUCAUGGUAAUUUAAAACCAUCGAAUGUUUUAAUCGAUUCAGGUGGUAUACUUAAACUUGCUGAAUUUGGUGUGUAUCGUGCAUUGUACCAAACUGUGCGACCACCAAAAUCAUCAAUUAUUUGGUUUGCACGGGAAACAUAUGAACAUUAUGAGAAAACUUCAAUUAUGUCUUGUACUACAUAUUCUGAUAUUCAAGUUGCUGGCAUGCUGUUACAUUUUAUUUUAACUGGAGGUUUACAUCCAUUUGGUAUCGUUGCUGAAGAUAUCCUUGAGAAUAUCGUACGGGGUACACCCGAUUUGAAAACUGUUGAAUGUGAAUUGGUUGAUCUUGUAUCAUGGAUGUUAAUUUAUGAGCCAUCAGAACGACCAACAGUAUCACAAGUAUUAUCACAUGUUUAUUUUUGGGAUUCCGAAAGAAAAUGGAGAUUUUUAUUGGCUUGCGCAGGCAUUACUCAACAUGGGUCACCAAUACCUGUAUCAUUAAAUCAUUUACAUUCAACGUUAGAUGCUUCAGCUGCUCGUGAUCAUAUCAAAGGUGAUUGGGUAUCGGUGGUUAAGGCAAAAUUUCCGGGCAUGAGACUACCUGAGGCAACAUUUUCUGAUACACCAACAGGUUUGUUAAGAUUUUUAAGAGCGUGUACAGAAGAACGACAACUGAACAAUCGAUCACUAGGUGGAAUUGAUUUACAAUCAUUUUUCAUUGAAGCUUUUCCUGCUUUACCGUUAUCACUUUUCAGGUUACUCGAAACUUCAGAAUGGCUAAAACAUCCAGUAUUUUCACCAUUUACAAUAGCUACAAGUUAA